GUUUUUGUUAUUUGCGUCGCAUUUUAAUAAUGAAGUGACGCAAAUGUAUCUUUUGCAUUUAGGUUAUUUCAGAAUUUUGACCUUAGUUUUUCACGCCUACCUUCCACUAAACAAAAAGAAAAAACAAGUUGCAACUCCAGUGAAUUUCUACAGCCUAAACACCCACAAAUUCGACCCUUAAAUCCAACAAAUUGGGCCAAAAAAACACCGAUUCCUCAGCAAAUUCAACAUUCAAAAUCGCAAUCAAGUUGAAGAACUAUAAUCGGCAGCAAAUUGAGCAAUUUCGAGCAAAAAUUUGAACCAUAAACCCUAAGAAAUCCGAACCCAUAAACCCUAGAAAAAUUGAGCAUUUCCCACAAAAAUUCCCCCAUUUUGAGCAAAAAAUCAACUCAAAACCAUAGGAAUUCGAACCCUAGAAACCCCAAAAAAUUCAAUUAAAAAUCCUGGCCUCAUAUUCGAGCAAUGACUGAAAGUUUCGACUGGAAUAAUCAAUUAAUUUCCCCCCCAAAAACACCGGGGAAGUUCUAGCAAAUUACAACAACAAUAAUUGAAGUUUGAUUAGUGUAGCAGUUCGACAUUGUUGAAUUUGUUGAGUUUAUUUGACCUAAGAGCUUACAUUGACAAGAAAUGUCCCUUCACCGGCUCUGUUUCAAUCAGGGGUCGUAUUCUAGCUGGUACUUGCCACAGUACUAAGAUGCAGAGAACCAUUAUUGUUCGCUGUAACUACCUUCAUUACAUCAGGAAGUACCAAAGGUACGAGAAGAGGCAUUCAAACAUCCCUGCACAUGUGUCACCCUGUUUCCGUGUCAAGGAAGGAGACCACGUUAUCAUUGGUUAAUGCAGGCCUUUCUCAAAGACAGUGAGGUUCAAUGUGUUGAAGGUGAUUCCAGUUGGAGCUGCUGCUGGUGGAAAGAAGGCUUUUGCCGGAAUUUAAGGAAUCAUUGGGUUCUUUUGGUCUUAUGCAUGGCUAAGCGUGAAGUCAUCAUCUUUGAUUCUUUGAGGCAGAAACGAAAUUUAGAAAUUAAGUUUGCAAUGACAAAUGCUUUUCGAAGUUUCAAGGCAUUAAGUGGACAAACUAAGGGAAGUAAAUUGACAUGGCAUUUGGGACAGUGUCCUCAACAGUUGGGUGGACGUGAGUGUGGCUACUACGUCAUGCGUUAUAUGUACGAAAUACUUGAACAUCACCAAAGCAGUGAGGAUCUUAUUCAGGAUUUCUCAAGAACUACACCGUACACCGAGGAGGAGAUAAAUGAGAUUCGAGAUAUUUGGGCAGAGUAUUUUAUAUGUAAUGUUGAACUUUAGAUUUACACUUAGCGCAUGUUGGACUCUUGUUUUGGAUUAUAGGCUUGACAUGAAUGCUUUUGGUUAGUUGGUGUUGGGAUGAUGAGUAUAAUGUCUAUGAUAUUGAGAUGUAAAUUAUUGGACAGGUUGUUAAUAUAAUGUCGUUAUUCCCAAUUUUAUGGGUAGGCCAAAAUACAAAGGAGACUCUGCCGAAAUUUACAUUUGCAUUAUUCAAUAAUAUUGCAUUUUAAUUUCAAUUAUA